GAAGCAAUUGUCUCUUUUCAUCAUUUCAGUCACAAUGUUGGGGCUGCACUCACAAUGUGGCAAAUGUAAAACUGCAUUAUAUGAGUUAAACAGGUUCUUUAAAGCUACUUCAGCAGGUAGAAACAAGUGGAUUGGUUCCACAAAGCAGGUUAAAGAAAAGUAGCGACAAAAUGUUAACUGCUCCAACAGACUGGAGUCACUUUUGGGCAGACGAUCACUUUCUGGCAGCGCCGUCAUUAGUUCAGGGACUCUCAGGUGUUUCUGUUUACAUCUGCUCCUGAACGCAACACUCCCCCCUACUGUCUCGCCGGAGAAACGGGCUUUAUCGCGUCUUAUCCGGCUCCUAUUCACCUUUGUGUUUGUUUGAAAGCUCCCCAAACAAACUCCCAGGGCUACUUACCUCCACCGGGGCUCGGUUCGGGCUCCUCCGGGAUGGAGCGGCUGUAGCAGCGGCGGCUCCAGCGGCGGUAGCUCGCUGCGUGGCGGUUUCCGGUGUCCGUCCGUCUGCAGGAGGAUGGCGUCCGGCUUCACCCGCAUCCCCUCCACCGCCGGUCCUCCGUGUCCCGAAAACACCGACGGCCGUCGACCCCAGAGCGAAGAGGGCAGCGAAAAGCACCGAUAAGCGGCUCCGGUUUUCUGCUCAAUCUCACAGGACGUGUGUGCAGACACAGCUCUGAGCUCCCCUCGGUGGGCGGCUGGUUAUUCCUAAAACCACAUCCACCGUCAUCUCAGUCGGGCACUGAAAUCCCCCUCAUCCUCUGAGCACUGAGCUGUUGAACGCCAAGUGGAAGGAUGACAGAGGCGUGGCAGCAGCAGCAGCAACAUGCAGUGGCUCCACCCUCCGUUGUGCACACGCUCCCCCAGGCGACCGACAACCCUCUGGGCUGCGCUGUGUACGGUGUCGUCCUGCAGCCAGAUGCCUCCCUGCAGCAGCCCCAGCACGGCCAGCAGCACGCCGUUCAAGCCCAGCAGCCCUCCUUGCAGGUAGGGGGCGAGAGAGGGCACAAGUGCGGAGCCUGCGGCCACGACAUCUCUCACCUGGCCAACCCUCAUGAGCACCAGUGCAUGGUGAGCCAAGACCGGUCCUUUCAGUGCACGCAGUGCAUGAAGAUCUUCAGCCAGGCGACGGACCUGCUGGAGCAUCAGUGUGUGCAGGUGGAGCAGAAGCCUUUCGUGUGUGGAGUUUGUAAGAUGGGUUUCUCGCUGCUCACCUCCUUGGCUCAGCACCACAACUCGCACGGCAACGGAAACAAUCCAAUGAAAUGUUCCAUCUGCGAGAAAACCUACCGGCCGGGUUCUGGAAAUGCCACCCCAACCUCGUCAGCUGCCAACCCCCAGCAGCCCUCCACCGGAGAGACGUCCGGUGGCGGCGCCGCCAUCAGUGCCUCGUCUCCUCCUGCGUUCGAGGCGUCUGCGCCAGACAGGCCAUACAAGUGCUCAGUGUGCCAUAAGUCCUUUCGGCAUUUGUCAGAGCUGACCCGCCACGAGAGAAUACACACUGGUGAAAAGCCAUACAAAUGUGACACAUGUGAUAAAAGCUUCAGCCAGUCCUCACAUCUGGCGCAUCACCAGCGUACACACAGCUCUGAGCGGCCGUACAAAUGCGCGGUGUGCGAGAAGAGCUUCAAACACCGCUCUCACCUCGUGCGGCACAUGUACGCUCAUUCGGGCGAGCACCUUUUCAAGUGCAAUUUGUGUGAGAUGCACUUUAAAGAGUCGUCUGAGCUCCUGCACCAUCAAUGCCAGCCAGAAGGGGAGAGGCCUUUCCGCUGCGGUUCUUGCGGAAAGAGCUUCAAGCGGCCGUCCGACCUGCGGCAGCACGAACGCACCCACUCCGAGGAGCGACCUUUCCAAUGUGAGGAGUGCCAGAUGAGCUUCAAGCAGCAGUACGCUCUCGUGCGCCACCGACGCACUCACAAAAACCCAGCCGAUCGCCCUUUCAAGUGCAACCUCUGCGAUAAGGGCUUCCUCCAGCCAUCCCACCUGCUCUACCACCAGCAGGUUCACGGGAUGGAAAGUCUGUUUAAGUGUGCAUCCUGCCAGAAGUCUUUCAGCCAAUCGGGAGAACUGCUGCGACACAAAUGUGGUGGCGAAGUGGAAAAACCGUACAAGUGCGACGUUUGCGGCAAAGGUUACAAAAAGAAUUCGACGCUGCAGCGCCACCAAAACUCUCACUGCACGGAGAAGCCACUGAAAUGCUCCCUGUGCGACAAGCGCUUUGUUUCGUCCUCGGAGUUCGUUCAGCACCGAUGCGACCCGACCCGGGAGAAGCCGCUCAAAUGUCCCGACUGCGAAAAGCGCUUCAGGUACUCGUCCGAGCUGCAGCGCCAUCGCCGAGUUCACACGGGGGAGAAACCGUUCAAGUGCGCCAGCUGCGACAAGAGCUUCAAGCAGCGCGAGCACCUAGCCAAGCACCAGAGCGUGCACUCGCGGGAGACACAGUUUAAGUGCGUGUGGUGCGGCGAGCGCUUUGUCGACCUCACGGCUCUGCAGGAGCACACGGUCCAGCACACCGCCGAGGGCGAGAGCUUUCCCGAAGCUCCCUGCAUCCCAUGAACUGAGCUGCUCCUCAGCUCGGGGCAGCAAACAUGACAUUCAAAGCAACGUGUGCCAGCCUCCGCUCACCCAUUUGUAGUUUCUAACAUGCUCCCAUUACUUAUGAUUUCUAGUAAUUUUAAGACUGAAUUUAUCCUCACCCUUUGUUGAGUAAAAGGCAAAUCGACAGCAGGGAUCAGCAUCCCUCUUCUUAUUUUGGAACAAAAAAAAAACAAAAAAACAAACUUGAACGGCGUGAAAAAGAUGUGAAAUGUGGCAAGAUCUCGGUUUUGUUUAGCGUGUGGGACCUUCCUCUGUGGUUGCAUGUGGUCGUCUGUUGUGUAACCGUCGGUUCUGUUGUUGAGAAGGAUGGCGAGAACGUCCAGACAGUUGUCCGUGUGUGCUCAUGUGUAGGCUCCUCUGCAAUCCAUGUGCCUUUUUUUUUUUUUUUUUUGUCUGUUUUGUUUGUUUGUUUGUUUGUUUUUUUUAUCGAUCACUCACUUUGUGUUUGAUUUCAUGUCCAGUAUAGCCGACAGAGAAACCCUCCCACCCAGCGGCUGGCUUGUGCAGCAGUAUCUUUUCACAUAACUAGGUCUUAGGUAGUGUCAUCUGUUUGUGCAUGAAUAUUUAUCACACUUUAAUAUCACUGUUGUAUUAUAGGUUUGGUUUUAUUUAGGAAAAACAUCCUAAGAAGAUGAAGAAGAAGAAGAAAAAAAAAAAACAAGUGGAUUUGUGAAAAUGUAUAGCCAGUGUCCUAUGAAAUCUGUGUUGUUGCAUCUUUGUAUUAAAACAAAUGACAUCUAGGUAACUAACCCGUACCUACCAUGUCAUACAAACACUUGACAUGUGCAAUAGAACAUGCACAAUGUAAUAUUUAUGACUACUGAUUCAUGGCAUAGUCUACUCUGUUAUAUUAUAGAUUGUGUGUAUACGCUAUGUAAACAUUGAAAACUGUAUAGUGCUUAUGUUACCUGCUUUUCUAUUCACUAUGAAUGAGCUUGCCGUAUUUUGCGAGCACUUUAGUUUCAUUUCCAGAAGGAUUUAACCCGACAAGACUUCAAACAUUAUGUUGCUCACUUGCCACAAACUAGCUGCAUUAGUUACUGUGCGAUUAGAUCUAACAAAAGUAAUGUUAUUAUUUCUUUCAGUUGUUUUUUUUUUUCUGUUUUUGUUUUUUUUUUUUUUUUCAAGAAUUGGCCUUUUCACAGGAUUUUAGCCUCCAGACGUUCAGCAGAUUAAUCCGAGUAGCCUCAAAGUUGCCACUUACGUGUUGGUUUAUACCAGGGAUAAAGUUAAAAAGAAAAAAAAUGUGUGUACUUUAGUUUACCGUGUGGAUUUCUAUAUUCUGUACAAUCUUUGCAGUAUAUUUAAAAGAGGGGGUUUUUGGAGUUUAAAAAUGAAAUCGUGGACAAAGGGAAUUGGACGCCGACGGGGUGGGGAUGGACGAGGGGGUGGGGGGUGACUGUGUGCCAUGAUUUAAAAUCCUGGUGAGUCUGCUUCAGAAGCUCCUGCUGGAGGAGAGUGAGUGAAAUGAAGCAUUGAUUUACACAUAUGGAUAUCAAUAUAGACUCCUGUUCAUACUGUAUACAGACAAUUAAAAUAAACCAACCUUAUGACAACUGCGGUGUGCGAGGUUUUCGUCACAUGCUGGAAAGAUUUAUUCAACUGUAAAUGCAAUAAAACUAAAGAGGAGGUGCAGGUGGACGUAAACA